UGACUGCCUCUUCACCUCUCCUGUGGGAACUCCAGUGUCUCCUUGGCUCAAAAUGGACCCCAAUGGCUCCUGCACCACUGGCGGCUCCUGCGCCUGUGCUGGCUCCUGCAAAUGCAAAAAGUGCAAAUGCACCUCCUGCAAGAAGAGCUGCUCCUGCUGCCCCGUGGGCUGUGCCAAGUGUGCCCAGGGCUGCAUCUGCAAAGGGGCAACGGAGAAGUGCAGCUGCUGUGCCUGAUGUGGGGACAGCCCUGCUCCCAGAUGUAAAUGAAGCAACUUGGGUACAAACCUGGAUUUUUUUUUUCAUACAACC